GUGCAGUUGAUAUGAAUCUGGCUGGGAGUCCCAAAGACUCAGAACUGAACAUAGACGUUCAUAUCGACCUAACACAGUUUUAGUUUUUAUUUCAUUUUUGUCUCAUAUUAUUUUUUUUAUACAUUAGCUGUAUAUUUGUGUAUAUAGAUAUUAUUUUAUAUUUUUAUACAAGUCAACAAGAUGGAACUUAAUUCUCUUUUAAUUCUCCUGGAGGCUGCAGAAUACUUGGAAAGAAGAGACAGAGAAGCAGAACAUGGUUACGCGUCUGUUUUACCGUACAAUAGCGACUUUUCCCGAAAGAAAACGAAAGCUUCACCAAUUUCAAGAAAAACUCAGAACAAUAGAUCGUCACACAACGAGCUGGAGAAACACAGACGUGCCAAACUACGGCUGUACCUUGAGCAGCUGAAGGAGCUGGUUCCUUUGGGUCCGGACAGCACUAGACACACCACACUGAGCCUGCUGAAAAGGGCCAAGAUGCACAUCAAGAAGCUGGAGGAGGCGGACAGAAAGGCUCUGAACACCAAAGAGCAGCUCCAGAGAGAGCACCGCUACCUCAAACGACGUCUGGAACAGCUGGUGAUGCCUGGAGGCGUGGAACGUACCCGAACCGACAGCCUAGGCUCCACCAUCUCCACCGACUCAGAGCAAGAGGUGGACAUUGAAGGAAUGGAGUCCCCCCUGGGCGAGGGUGAGCUUGGCGAGGGCGAGGGGGACAGCGUGGACGAGAGCAUCAGUGACGACGGCCUCCUGGACGGCGAGGAGGAGGAGGACUACAACCUGCAGAGCAGCUCCAGCGACGCCAGCUACACACAGCAUUCCUCACACAGACUGCAGCCGCACCACUGCUAGGGGCCACCAGGGGGCCCCUGAGGGCCACACCUCCAAUCAGCCCUCUAUGACCCCAGCCCCGCGUACCCUCCUAUUCCCUUCCUACCCCCCCUAACAUUGCCCCAGCACGCACCCCCUCCAGCCCACGCCACGUGGUCAUCAGCCACCCCCCCAGCAAACAGCGGCUGUGGUCUCCCCCUCCCCAAUGUCCCCAUUGGCGCUUAUUCCCUGGAACCAGGAAGUAGACUGUAGACGUUCCUGUCGUGGCUGACUUCCUGACUUUUUCCUGUCCUAACCCCUACACCACACCCUACCUCACCCCUAUCCUAUCACCCCUUAUCCCGCUUAUCUUGCCUAACCUGACCCCCAGACCUCCCUCACCUCUACCUGUUGUGGCUGCAGGCUCGGAUAUAGCAGAGCAGUUUGUGGUUUUGUUGGGGACCUCUGUGGUGUGGUGGCAGACAGCUUUGACUUGUCAAUG